AAAUAUAACAUCCUCAAGAAGCUAAGGACACCUUCAUCCAAAGCUAAAACUUACAUUUGACUUGAACUACAAGAAAAUCAAUCUCAGCAAGAAUUCUCUUCUUAUACCUGCACUUUUCUCUUUUCUUCUUCUUACUUCAUCCAUUUAAGACAUCAUGGUAAUGUCAUUGAACCUGCACAAAAGCCUGAAACGGAAGAGACAGGUAUUACCAAUAAGAGACUUUGAAAUGGAGGCUCAUAAUUCUGGGAAAGAAGGCAUGGCAGAGAUUGUGUUCUUUGACUUGGAAACAAAUGUGCCCAAUAGAGCUGGGCAACGUUUCUGGAUAUUGGAGUUUGGUGCAAUUGUGGUUUGUCCCCAGAAACUUAUUGAACUAGAGAGCUAUAGCACGCUGAUAAGGCCCAAAGAUUUGUCUGUGGCCUCAUUGAAGCCAAGUCGAUGUGAUGGGAUAACAAGGGCAGCUGUUGCAAAUGCACCAAGCUUUGAACAAGUUGCUGACAAGAUAUUCACCAUUUUGAAUGGUAGGGUGUGGGCAGGCCACAACAUUCAAAGAUUCGAUUGCAUUCGUAUUAAAGAGGCCUUUGCUGAGAUUGGUAGGCCUGCACCAGAACCUGUUGGAAUGAUUGAUUCUUUAGGGGUCUUAACUGAAAAGUUUGGCAGAAGAGCAGGCAAUAUGAAGAUGGCAUCGUUAGCUACAUACUUUGGGCUUGGGCAGCAAAAGCACAGGAGCCUUGAUGAUGUUCGAAUGAACUUGGAGGUCCUCAAGCAUUGUGCAACAGUGCUAUUCUUGGAAUCAAGUCUCCCAAACUUAUCGAAUGCAAAGUGGCAAGGCUCUCCCACAAUUAUGACAAGAAGUAGAACAAAUGGAAAAUUUCCAAGCAAAGAAGAAGCUAGCCGGAAAUCUCCCCCAAUUACUUCUAUUGCAUAUCAGAGAAAAUCUCCCCCAAUUACUUCUAUUGGGUAUCAGAGAACAGUUCCCAACACAAGGGGAAGUUUGGGAAAGGUGACAGAGAGUGUACGUAAUCUAUUGUGUAAAGCUCAAGGAAAACAACCUCUUAAUAGCCUACUCAAGCAUUCUCACACGUUGCUACGUUGAACCAGAUGAUGAUCAAGGCAUGCAUGUCUAUCCGACUUUGUUUCUUAUUUGAAACAACGGAGUUCACGUAACUUCCAAUGGUGGAGGAAAAAGCUAGCUCAUGCUCAAUGGUGUUCAUUCUUUCAAUUGAAAUGGAGACUCUACAAGUUUCAUGCAAUAGAAGAUGACGAAGUACAUUAGAGAGAGCUCGUCCCUGUUGGAAUGCACAUGUGAGGACGCUGAAAUCAUCAAAAAGAUGCACUCUACGCUGAAAUCAUCAAAAAGAUGCACUACAAGAACACCAAUCAAUUUGUUUAUACUCAAAUUAAUUGAUUAAUUAGUUCAUUCUUUUAUUUUUUUUUAAGGCAGCUCUUAUCUGGAAGCCACUUGUAUAUAUGUAUUUUUUUUAAUCAUUUGAAAUUCAUUGUAUAUAUGUUACUACCUAUUCAUUGUAAUUAGACCUUAAUCCAAAAUAAUAUUUUUUUUUACCAAUUUAACUCA